AUGGGCCGCUCUCGAAGCCGAAGCUCAUCUAGGUCAAAACACUCCAAAAGCAGCAAGCACAGUAAGAAAAGGAGUCGGUCGCGAUCCAGAGACAGGGAGAGGUCCAAGAAGCGUUCCAAGUCGAGAGAAGCUAAAAGGAACAGGCGCAGAGAAUCUCGUUCCCGGUCCCGGUCUGCCACAACCUCGUCUCGCAGGGACAGAGCGGCAUCCCCGCCGGAGCGCAUCGACAUAUUUGGAAGGACAUUGAGCAAGAGAAAUGCCCUAGACGAGAAACAGAGGAAGGAGGAGGAAGAACGGAAAGCUGAAAUGGAACGGCAAAGAAAAAUUCGUCAACAGGAGAUUGAAGAAAAGCUUAUUGAAGAGGAGACAGCACGGCGAGUGGAGGAGCUGGUGGCCAAACGGGUGGAGGAGGAGCUGGAGAAGCGUAAGGACGAGAUUGAGCGAGAGGUGUUGCGUCGCGUUGAGGAGGCAAAGCGCAUCAUGGAGCGGCAGCUGCUGGAGGAGCUGGAAAGACAGCGACAUGCUGAGUUGGCGGCACAAAAGGCCAGAGAGGAGGAAGAAAAAUCGAAGCGGGAGGAGCUUGAAAAAAUCUUGGAGGAGAAUAACCGUAAGAUUGCAGAGGCCCAAGCAAAGCUGGCUGAAGAUCAGUUGCGCAUUGUGGAAGAGCAAAGAAAAAUUCAUGAGGAGCGCAUGAAACUGGAGCAGGACCGACAAAAGCAGCAGAAGGAGGAGCAGAAAAUGAUCCUUGGCAAGGGCAAGUCUAGACCGAAGCUGUCCUUUUCCCUCAAGGCCACUGAAUGA